AUGAACAAUUCAGAAAUAAAACAAAUUUUUGUCCAGUUAAGUCAUGUAAAUAAAGAAAAUCGAGACAAUGGAAUGGAUUUGGUUUAUGAGUAUAUAGAAAAAAAUAAAAAUACAUUGCAAAAGAAGGAAAUAACAUAUAUAUGUACAGGAUUAUUUUAUUAUUAUUGGUUAUGCUAUUCUAUUGAUGAACAAAAAAAAUCAGCUUUAAAAAUAUGUAGAUUAAUACAUAUUUUUGAUGGAAAAACGGAAGAUGAUGAUAAAACUCAUGUAUUUUUAUUUUUACAAUGUUUUUUACAAACAAUGUCUGUAAAAUAUGAAAAUUUGGAUGUAUAUAGAUUAAAUAAAUUUUUAUUUUUAUUUAGAGUUUUCCAAGCUGAAUUUUUAAUGUUUUUACAUAAUUAUUCAUGGAAAAGUAUAUAUAUUAAAAAAUAUAAUAAAAUAAUUAUGAAACUUUUUGACGAAACUAAUGGUGUUUUUCAUGCUUAUAUAGAUACAUUUUUUAAAGAGUUCAUGGAAAAUGAAGUUUAUUUAAAAUUAAAAAAAGAAGAUCAUGGAUAUAAUACAAAACAAUUUUUAUUAUUAAUUGAUCCAUUUUUUAAAAUUGUGUGUAAAACAAAAAAAAAAUAUACUAUCAAUUUAAUUCAAAAAAAAAUAUUUUUUAUGGUAUUAAAAGUUAAUAUAAAACGACGUAUGUUGUUGGAAAAAAUUAACAGCUACAUAGAUAUAUGCCCAAAUAAAUAUGGAUCAAAAAUUUUGAGGAACUUUUACAAUUUAUUCGAUAACCCAAAUAAGAAAAAGAAUAAAGGAAAUAUAAAAUAUAAAACACCAGUCUUUAUUGCAAAUUAUAAUAAUGAUAAAGAUUGUGAUGGUGAAAAGGAUGAUGAAAAAGAAGAUGAUGAAAAUGAUGACAGCGAAAAUGAUAAUGAAAACAAUGACAAGAGUAGUGACGGAAAUAGUGAUGAGAGUAAUGAAGAAAAUAACGGCGGAAAUACCGACGGAAAUACUGAUGGAAAGAGUGACGGAAAUGAGGACGGUGAAAAUGAUUGCACCGAUGAACAAGGAGAUAAUGAAAAAGAGUCAAACACAGAAAACAAAAUAAAUGACGAAAAUGCUGAAUGUGAUAAUGAAUUAGUUGAGACAGAAAACAAAAUAAAUGACGAAAUUUCUGAUUGUGAUAAUGAAUUAGUUGACACAGAAGGAGAGGUUAUGGAUGAAAAAAAUGAGAAUGAUUGCCUUGGUCAAAAAGCAAAAAAAAAAAAGAAGAAAAAUAGAAAAACAAUAAAAAAGAUAAAGGAACAAACCAAUAGAAUAAUGAAUGAUGAAGAUGAAGAUUAUAUUAAUAUGGUUUUAAAUGAAAUUAGGGGAAGUAAAAAGAAAAAGAAAAUAUAUAAUAGUCUUUUGGGCAAAAAGAAAGAAAAUAAAAAAAUACAACUCAAUUUCAUCAAGUUAAUGCUAAAAGAAAUGCGUGCUAAAAAAAAAUUAAAAAAUAAAUUUAAACAAAUAUAUGAUGACGAAAACAACGACAUAUACAUGAAACAAAAUGGAUUAAAAAAAAAGAAAAAAAAAUUAAUGCUUAUGUCCAAUAACCAAACAAUAAACACUGAAUUUGAAUUGGAUGAUGAAAAUAAAAAACUUAAAAAAGAAAAAUUACUAAAAAAAAAAAAUAAAAAAGUAAAAAAGGGUUUAAAAAAAACUCUUCUCAUUCAUGAGCCACGAUUAGGUGAUCAACAUGUCUUAAGCAAAACUAUUUUAAAAAAAGAAAAGACAAAAUCUAGUACCCCUAAAAAAGUCCAUUUUGACUUAAAGAAAAACACAAUCGAAUAUAUCCCAUGUGCUAAAAAAAAGAAUGGUAAUCCAUAUUUUUUUUUGGGAAAUUUUCGAAACUUAAUUAAUAUUCCAUCCCUUUUAUAA